AUGUCAGCGGAACAAGCCCUCCAAAUCCUCAGCAUAUCCACAGCCCUCAUCGCGUCAGGCGGCAUAUCCGCCUUCUCCCUCUUCUCCAUCCCCAUGCUAAAAUCCCAACCCGCAUCGCGCUCCCUUCCCAUGGUCCGCUGGCUCUUCUCCCGCGGCUCCCACGUCUUCCCCACCGCCGGCAUCCUCUCAAGCACCAGCUUCCUCCUCCUCACCUACCUCUCCCUGCCCCCCUCCACCUCCUCCUUGCAAAUCCUCUUCCGCGCCGCAUCACACGGCCAACCAGCCUACUUCCUCGCCGCCUCCGUGCUCUGCAUCAGCAUCGCACCUAUCACGAGUUUCCUCAUGAUACCAACGAAUUUCACGUUAAUCCGCAUGAAUGAGGAGUUGGGCGGGACGCGCAGUGAGAAGUCGGCGGAGUGGAGGAGCGAGAGGGGCAGUGGCGCGAGGAGUGCGGAUGCGUCGGUGGAUGGGGAGGAGGAUGUUAGUCAGUGGAAGGAUUUGAGUCCGCCGCAGGAGAAGACGGCGAGGCAGAGUAGUGAGAAGGAAGAUAUCGAGGUUAGGGCGCUGCUGGAGAAGUUUUCGAGGUUGAAUGCGUUGAGGGCUGUGGCGAUUGGGGCGGGCGGUGUGGUUGGGUUGAUGGGGGUGAUGAUGGAGUAG